UUUCAAAAACCUUGCCGAGAAGGAUGCCGACGUUCACGACCUCGGACUCUUGCGUGUUGGCGUAUGAGGACACCGGAGCGCAUGCGGAGGAUGGGACGCAACUGCCCGUGCUUCUUCUCCUUCAUGGAUGGAGCGGCAGCCGUCGCUACUUUUCCCGCAACGUGCCACUAAUGCAGCCGCACCUUCGGGUGAUUUGCCUGGACCUUCGCUUCCACGGCGAGUCGCAAGGCACGGCGUACGGCAUGCACAUUGCCCGCCUCGCUGUGGACGUGCACGAGUUCAUCACCGUGGGAUUGAAGCUAUCGGCGCCGGUGACCCUUCUCGGGACGUCGAUGGGCUGCGCCGUGAUCUGGAGCUUGUUUGAACUGUUUGGCACGUCGUUGGCUCGACAAGCCAUCUUUGUCGACCAGGUGCCGCUUCAGAACCGCCGUGACGACUGGGCUUUGCACAGCUACGGGUGCUACGACGAAGCGAGCUUGCAGGCGUUGGAGACGACGUUGACCUCGAACCUGGCCUCCGUGGCGCAAGGCAACUUGGCCAGCUGUCUUGUUCGUCCUAACGACGUGCCGCCCGCCGUGCUGGACCAUCUCGCAGGCGACGUCCUUCGAUGCAACCCCACGGCGUUGGCUACGUUGAUGCGUGAUCACACGCAGAUCGACUGGCGAUCACUCCUCCCGACGAUCACCAUCCCAUGUCUCAACAUCGUCGGCGGACCGCAGAACAAGGUGUUUCCCAUGGAUGGCGCGUUGCACGUGGGUCGGUUGCUUCCGCAUUGCGUUAACGUCGUUUUUGAAUCGUGUGGCCAUUGGCUGUAUCUGGAACAGCCGGACGAGUUCAGUGCGUUGGUGACGUCGUUUGUACGAACCGGGAACGUUGCUCGAACGUUCUUAGACGAUGCGCAAAAGCCCAAUGCGGCCAUUUACGUCGUGGACAAACAUCGCAUGCUGCCAUUGGAGAAAGGAAUUCCUCGCCGCGUCGUCCGCGUCGUGUGCAUCUCAGACACGCACGGAAAGCACGACCUCAUGGAGAUCCCGCCCGGAGAUAUUCUCAUCCAUGCAGGAGACUUUACCAAUAUUGGGACCCACAACCAACUGCGCCGGUUUGCGUCGUGGCUGGCGGCGCUCCCGCAUCCUCACAAGGUUGUCGUGGCGGGCAACCACGAGUACUCGCUGGAUGCAUAUUGGUACAUCAAAGGGGGCGGUCGUAAACGGCACAAACAGUUCCAGGACCCCGCGAUAUCCCGUCAGAUUCUCACGGACGUGUGCACGUACGUCGAGAAUGGUGUCGUGGAAGUGCUGGGGGUGCGCAUAUACGGAUCGCCAAACUCGCCCAUCAUACCUGGCUGCACCAUGGCGUUCAACUUACGACCGGGAAACGAAUCCACAGCACAUUGGCAGGCCGUGCCGGACAACGUGGACAUCCUCGUGACGCAUACUCCGCCGCAUGGUAUCCUGGACAUGAACUUUCGAGGGCAAACCUGUGGCGACGAAGCGUUGAUGGACGAGGUGCUUAGUCGGAUCCGACCUCGAUUCCAUGUGUUUGGACACAUCCACGAAGGCCAUGGCACCGUCGAGAUGGACGGAACGACCUUUGUCAAUGCUUCUUCGUGCAACCUCCGGCAUCAACCACACAACACUCCCAUUGAGUUUGACAUAUCCGUGGCCUUGCCAUUGUAGUAGACAUCGACGAACGGAACUCAACGUGAAAAUGAUGGUUUUUGUGCCGGUGAAAUCGCUGGGUUCAUUUUGAUGUCCUUUGAAACAUUACGGUACAAUUUAUUAUAUUAU